GUGGGAUGGAUGUAUUGGAUAAAACACUCCCCAAAUAAUUUUGGCUUCUUUUUUUCUUCUCUCUCAGUAAACAGAACAAAAUCGCCAAUGGCUGCUGCUUCAUUGCUGGAGCCGCCACCGUUUUCAGCCACCCACUCACUCUUCAAAACCCAGACCCAUCUCCCUUACAACCCUCUAAACUCCAAACCCAUUACCUAUUUUAUCCCUCUCCCCCGGUCCCACAUCUGCCUUUGCGCCGCCGGUGAAACCGUCCUCCCACCACCGUCGCCUCCGCCGCCGCAGGCGGCGGAGACUUCCCCAGAGUACAACACUUCACUAGAGAGAAGCAAGGACCGGCGCAAAAUCGUGCGCGUGGCGUGGGAGAAGCUGGUCCGCUGGUCUCGCUCUCUGCGGUCCAAAGCCAAGACCGAUGUUCUUGAACGCACUAACAAGGUUGUGGUGCUUGGAGGCGGAUCUUUCGGAACUGCCAUGGCUGCUCAUGUAGCCAAUAGGAAAUCCCAGCUGGAAGUUAGUAUGCUUGUUCGAGAUCACCAAGUUUGUCGAUCGAUCAACGAAAAUCAUUUCAAUUGCAAGUAUUUUCCAGCUCACAAGCUGCCCGAAAAUGUCGUCGCCACAACGAAUGCUAAAGCUGCUCUCGAGGGUGCCGACUUUUGCUUCCACUCUGUACCUGUCCAGUUCAGUGCCUCGUUCCUUGAGGAAAUAGCCGAUUAUGUCGAUCCAAGCCUGCCUUUUAUCUCUCUCAGCAAAGGAUUGGAGCUGAAUACGUUUAGAACGAUGUCGCAAAUAAUCCCGCGAGCGCUGAGAAAUCCACGUCAGCCUUAUGUUGUUCUAUCUGGACCUUCGUUUGCAUUGGAGUUGAUGAACAAACUGCCCCACAGGUUGUCUACUAGUGAUGUUACAGGGGUUGAAAUUGCAGGUGCGCUUAAGAAUGUACUUGCAAUAGCUGCCGGGAUCGUGGAAGGGCUAAACCUCGGAAAUAAUUCUAUGGCGGCACUUGUUUCGCAAGGUUGCUCUGAAAUUAGAUGGCUCGCUACAAAAAUGGGCGCAAAGUCAACGACAUUGACUGGAUUAUCUGGAAAUGGUGACAUCAUGCUCACGUGUUUCGUAAAUCUAUCAAGAAACAGAACGGUUGGCGUUCGUCUUGGAUCUGGGGAGAAACUCGAUGAUAUACUCAGUUCCAUGAAUCAGGUGGCUGAAGGUGUGUCGACAGCUGGAGCUGUGAUUGCGUUGGCACAGAAAUAUAAAGUGAAAAUGCCGGUGUUGACAGCUGUUGCUCGGAUUGUGGACAAUGAACUCACGCCGACAAAAGCUGUUUUCGAACUCAUGAAUCUCCCACAGGUUGAAGAAGUUUAAGCAGCAGUUCUUGAUGCAAGUACAGGGAUCGUGGUCUGAAGAAACAUUUCAGUCUGAUGAAUAUAUAUAUAUAUAUAUAUAUAUAUAUAUAUAUAUAUAUAUAUAUAUAUAUGCAGAUACAGUUCUUUCUCCACGUUAUUAAAUAUACAGUUUUAUGUUCUACAAGAAAGAAACACACAGUACAGCUUAGAAUAGAAGGGAUAUUAGGAUUUUUGUUUUUGAGUACGAAAUUUUGGGCACAGUCGAUUUAUGGUGGAUGCCAUCGCAUCGAUUCAACUAAUAUUUUUUUUUGUAACUAUUCCAUGAAUCGCUACAAAAACAAGCAAGGUAAAAAAAGACCAUAAGUUUUCUCGU